AUGGCCGAAUUUCAAGCUGGGAUGAACGAAGACAAUGUUUACGGUCGAACAGCGAAGUUAACCGGUGUUUCCGAAAGCACAAUUCGGCGCAUAGUAGACGAAGGUUUUAAGAAUGGAGGUAAAUUUUCAACACCUGGAAAACACAGGAAAGGCCGACCUACAAAACACAUCGAUGAUUUCGAUAUAUGUUCCAUUCGUCAGAAAGUUCAGUUUUUCUACACAGUGCAGAAAGAAGUACCAACACUAAGAAAAUUAUUAGCAGUGGUAAUAAACAUCGCAAACAAACUACAAUACAUAAUUAUUAGGCACCAGUUAAAAUCUAAUGUCUUUGGAAUACUCGUAGAAAUUAGUUGGAAGGCUAAUGUUGUUCACCACUACCAA